GCUUCCAAAAUUUAUUGUCGUGCUUCUUUAGUCUUGUGAAAGAAACUAUAUACCUGAAAUUUUUUUUUUUCCAUAUAGAAAAAACAAAUUAUUUGAAGCACUCGUGGUUGAAACAAACAAAGCAUUACUUUUUGAAACAGGUAGAGCGUGAAUCUCUCUGAUCCAGUCUUCAUCGGAGUAAAAUUGCAGCUUUGCUUUCAACAUUAUUGUAAUUCUUCAGGGUGUUUAAAGUGUUAACAUUUAGAUACAUAUGUAUAUAUAUGCACAACAGUUGAAUUGCGCUACAAGAUUAUAAAGAAGUUUUUCAUUUACCCAAUUAUGGAGCCCCUGUGGAAGCUAGCAUAUCUGUUGGAGCCAGCUCCACUUACUCUUAUUUUCACUGCAAUAGCUGUGACAUCUGGAUCGGCUUUUCGAGCCCUAAAUUAUGGAAAAGAAAUGGAGCGAAACCGUGAUUUUUCAGAAGCAUCCAUUACUUUAGAUAGGUCCCAAGCACUGAUGAUUCCGAUAAUGAGCUCUUUCAGCCUGCUGUUGAUGUUCUAUCUGUUCUCUUCUGUCUCACAACUCCUCACCGCUUUCACUGCCAUUGCCUCCGUAUCAUCCCUUUACUUCUGCAUAUGGCCUUACAUUGCCCAUGUCAAAUCACAAUUUGGUUUGUCUGACCCUUUUGUGUCACGGUGUUGUUCCAAACCAUUUACCCGAAUCCAGGGGCUUUUAGUGUUGCUUUGCUCUGGUAUUGUUGCAGGUUGGCUGGUUUCUGGACACUGGAUAUUGAACAACUUGCUGGGAAUUUCUCUCUGUAUUACAUUUGUGAGCCACGUGCGCCUUCCCAACAUCAAAAUUUGUGCUAUGCUUCUUGGUUGUUUGUUUUUGUACGACAUAUUCUGGGUUUUCUAUUCUGAGAGGUUUUUUGGUGCGAAUGUCAUGGUUUCGGUGGCAACGCAGCAAGCAUCUAAUCCUGUUCAUACAGUGGCUAAUAGUUUGAAUCUUCCUGGAUUGCAACUGAUUACGAAAAAGCUGGAGCUUCCAGUCAAAAUUGUCUUUCCUAGGAAUUUAUUUGGUGGAAUGGUUCCUGGAAGUAGUGCUGUUGACUAUAUGAUGCUUGGUCUUGGCGACAUGGUAAAACAUCUUUUCUCUCUUGUGACUACAUUAGUCUAUUGUGAUUCUUUCCUCCAAUUAUGGAUUGUGGCGUCAGAGUUUAUUAGAACUAAAAGUGCAGUGGUGUGUUGGUUUUAGACUUUCGUGUAUGCU